AUGGAAAAGGAAAAUGAUCAAAUUUGUCGGGUCUGUCGCCUUGAAGGAUCGACCGAUAAACCGCUAUACUUCCCUUGCCAUUGUACUGGCAGCAUUAAAUAUAUCCAUGAAGCGUGUCUUUUGCAAUGGCUAAAACAUAGUGGAAAAGACUUUUGUGAACUAUGCCGACAUAAAUUCGCUUUUAAGCCAGUUUAUGCAAAGGAAAUGCCCUCACAUCUACCUAUUAGAGAGGUACUCACUGGAUUUAUGUCAAAUGUAAUAGUGAGCAUUAAACGAUGGAUUCAAUAUGUCUUGGUUUGCUGUACAUGGCUGUGCAUUGUUCCAGUUGCCGCAUGUAGAAUUUAUAAGUCUGUAUUCCGAGAAUCGUUAUCUGGUCUAAUAGGUUUACCAAUUAAUAUGUUUUCUUUAGAUAACUUCGCUACCGACUGUGCGCAUGGUCUCUUUAUUGUUUGCUUAACCGUUAGCACAUUUGUGGGCUUAAUCUGGCUUCGAGAACAAAUAAAUGAAUCCCCUCCCCCGUGGCUAGUCGCACUACCGAACGCUAACAUUAACAGACAGGAACCCGUAAAUGAGGAGCAUAGAAAUCAUGAUGUUAACGUAGACAAUGCUGGUGGUGAUGUUGGCGAAGCUAACAAUACAGAAGAUAACCAAAUCCCUGCCCCACCUGUUAAUCAACAAGAAAAUAAUAAUCGGAAUUGGCUGGAAUUAGAACGAGAAGAAUUAACCUGGGAUAAGAUUCUUGGUCUCGAUGGAUCGUACACUUUUAUCGAACAUGCAUUUUGGGUGGUGUCAUUAAACUUUCUCUUAAUUUUCAUUCUUGCCUAUAUACCGUAUAAAAUUGGAUGCCUUGGUCUAUACUUUCUACCAGUUGAAUAUUUGUUCGCUGCAACCAGAUUUGGCGGAUUUUUAACAAUAAUUCUUGGCUAUGUUACAAUUGCUACUUUUUUUAGCCUUCUUUAUGUAUCAUCAUUACCACAGUGGAAGAGAUUCCUUGGUAUUACUGUAAUAGCUAUUAAGGUUUCACUCUUGCUCAUUGUUGAAGUGGGUAUCUUUCCGGUUGUUUGUGGCUGGUGGUUAGAUAUUUGCUCUUUGCCACUGUUUGGAUCUACCAUGGAAGAUCGUCAAAAAAGUUUCCGCUCUUCUCCCGGAGCAGCAAUGUUUCUUCAUUGGUUAGUUGGCAUGGUCUUUGUAUUCUAUAUGGCCUCUUUUGUUUUAUUACUGCGUGAGGUUCUUCGUCCGGGAGUUUUAUGGUUUUUACGUAAUAUAAAUGAUCCAGAUUUUAAUCCCAUAACUGAGAUGAUACAGCUAACGAUUUGGCGUCAUAUAAGAAGAUUCCUAGCAUCAGUGACUAUCUUUGGUACAAGCGUUUUGGUUAUUGUUUGGAUCCCUGUGAGAAUUUCUGUUCGAAUUUUUCCAGGAUUAUUACCGUAUAAUGUGUUAUUAUUCAGUGAUACACCCGCUAGUGAACUGUCCCUAGAAUUACUGUUUUUGCAAGUCAUUCUGCCAGCACUUUUAGAACAGGGAUAUACUAAAAAAUGGACAAAAAGCUUUAUUAGAAUUUGGUCGAGGACAGUAGGAUACAUCCUUGAUCUGCAAUCUUAUUUGCUGGGACAUGAAAACGAAGAAGGAUCAUCUGAGAAUGUACAGAUAAUAAAUAUACCUUUUUGUAGAUCUUAUCGCUUUGGAGGCGGUAUUGGAGCUGCGCACGCAGCCGGAGCAGCAAUUUUUAAUCGUAGAGUUUUGAAUAACAGCCCUUAUCGGAAACCAAAUCAAUUUAUAUUAAGGAUUAUUGCUCUACUAUUGAUAAUGUGUGUGUCAGUUUGCACUAUUAGCUUAUUAGGCUUGACAGUACCAGUAUACCUUGGUCGCUAUUUACUCUCUCUAUGGCUAGGCGAUACUGCAAUCCACGAAUUAUAUACAGUUGCGUGUGGACUUUAUGCGGUUUGGCUGAUCUGUAGGAUCAUAACCCUGAUUGUCACUUAUAUGCCGAUGCAGUGGUACGCAAUUUUUGACAAAAUAAGGAACUGUGUAGUCCUGGUGUUGAAACUUGGUACCGUUACGGUUUUACUUGCUGGAGUUGUACCAUUACUGGUUGGAUUAUUAUUCGAGUUAAUUAUUUUAGUUCCUGUUCGAGUGUCACUUAAUCAAUCUCCAAUGUAUUUCUUAUGGCAGGAUUGGACUCUUGGGGUUUUACAUACCAAAAUAAUCUGUGCACUAACAAUGACUGGACCUGACUGGUGGAUGAAAUUGGCUCUUGAUCAGAUCCAUAACGCGGGUUUUCGAAAUCUUGAUUUUGCAUUCGUGAUUAAAAGCCUUGCUUUUCCUGUGAUCAGUAUGUUACUAUUUCUUGUUACUGCACCAAUCACCCUUGCCUCGGGCGCGUCAAAACUAUUCGGUUUAUCAAAGUACCUCCAAAACUAUUGUAUUCGUCGUAUUUAUCCAUUUUCACUCCUAAUAUGCGUAGCUGUAAUUACUAUCAAAUUUCACAUAAAGCAAGCUAAAAGGCUCUACAAUCGCAUUAGGGACGACAAAUAUCUUAUAGGCCAAAGAUUAGUCAACUAUGAACCUUGA